AGACAAGGAAGGGUUUCCUUGACAUUUGAUGCCGCAUUAUUAAAUGGUUUCAUAGCUUUACCUGCAAAAACAACGAGCAAGAAAGCGGAGAAGUGGAGAAAUAUCUAGCAAUAUGGAGACUGAGAUCACCGAUGAGAAAUCUGUCAGGUCUCUCGUGGUUGGAGGGAACUCUGGCACUAGCAAGGCAUAUUGCAAGUGCGGCGAAGGGUGGCAAUGUGUCAUCAAAAGGACUGAAGGUCCUGAUUCCGGCAAGGCCUUCUUCAAAUGUGGUGAAAAUUGCACUUGUGUCAUAGAUGGAGAUGGUACAGUGAAGGAGCUAGAGAAAAUUGAUCCUAGCGAAGCAUACUGCGAGUGUGGUGAAGGUUGGACUUGUGUCAUCUCAAAGGUUGAAGGUCCCGAAGCUGACAAGACCGCCUUCGAAUGUGCUGAUGGUUGCUCUUGUGUCACUACUGCCUGAAACAUAUUAGAAGAACUCUGCUAUAGAAUAUCAUAUCAGAGAUACUCCUGCUGUCAAAUAAAGGGCUUGUCGCUAGGGACUUGGCCACAAGCGUAUGUAGUUAUGUACUGUACUGUGCAUGUGCGCACGAGCACAUUUCUCUGGUGUGGCGUAGAAUGGAAUAUGUGAAUGAUAGGUUUGGCUAAACAAGUCGCUCAAUAAGGUCUUUAUGCAAACUAAUGGAAGACAUGGUUACAUUCAA